CGUUGUUCAAUAAAAGAGACGCAGUUAAAGUUAAAAUAUUGUUACUAUAUAAUACUUCAACUGCAGUAUUUUUGAUGAGCAUAUUUUUUCAUGCAGGAAAUCUGUGUAACUUCUUCAAACUGAGGGUUAAAUGAGAAAUGAGCUCUGCUGUGAAAAGGUUCAACACUCAGCGUCUCUCUCCUCUUCCUGGAAUGAAUCUCAGCCUGAUAACCCUCCUCUUCUUCCUGCUCCCAAACACAGCAGCUCCACUCUGUCCACACAUUUCCUGGUUUCCUCCCCUUCAGAUCUGCACCUUGAACAUGGGUGGAACCAACAUGUGGUGACGUGGAACAGCUGACAGGCCCCGUUCACUGCAGGAACACGUGAUUUGUAGAUCAGAGCUCACACUAGUUUCAGGAAGGAGGAAGUCAAACUCACACAGUCGCUGUUAGUGAGAGGAGAAAUGGCUGAGAAAGGAGUUCAGCUGGACCGAGAAACCUUCUCUUGUUCUGUCUGUCUGGAUCUACUGAAGGAUCCGGUGACUCUUUCCUGUGGACACAACUACUGCAUGAAGUGUAUUAAAGCCCACUGGGAUGGAGAGGAUGAGAAGAGAAUCUACAGCUGCCCUCAGUGUAGGCAGACCUUCACACCGAGGCCUGUCCUGAUGAAAAACACCAUGUUAGCAGUUUUAGUGGAGGAGCUGAAGAAGACUGGACUCCAAGCUGCUGCUGCUGAUCACUGCUAUGCUGGAGAUGAAGAUGUGUCCUGUGAUGUCUGCACUGGGAGGAAACUGAAAGCCUUCAAGUCCUGUUUAGUCUGUCUGGCCUCUUUCUGUGAGAAACACCUUCAGUUUCACUAUGAUUCACCUCCAUUCCAGAAACACAAGCUGGUGGAGCCCUCCAAGAAGCUCCAGGAGAACAUCUGCUCUCUCCACGAUGAGGUGAAGAAGAUGUUCUGCCGCACUGAUCAGCAGUCUAUCUGUUAUCUCUGCUCUGUGGAGGAACAUAAAGGCCACGACACAGUCUCAGCUGCAGCAGAAAGGACGGAGAGGCAGAGAGAGCUGGAGGUGAGUCGACAAAACAUCCAGCAGAGAAUCCAGGACAGAGAGAAAGAUGUGAAGCUGCUCCAACAGCAGCUGGAGGCCAUCAAUGGCUCUGCUGAUAAAGCAGUGAAGGACAGUGAGGAGAUGUUCACCCACAUCAUCCAUCUCAUCCAGAAAACAAGGCGAGAUGUGGAGCAGCAGAUCAGAUCCCAGCAGGAGACUGAAGUGAGUGGAGUGAAAGAGCUGAAGGAGAAGCUGGAGCAGGAGAUGAGAGAGCUGAAGAGGAAAGACGCUGAGCUGAAGCAGCUCUCAUACACAGAGGAUCACAACCAGUUUCUCCACAACUACCCCUCAGUGUCAGCACUCAGUGAGUCCACACACUCAUCCAGCAUGGACAUCCGUCCUCUGAGACACUUUGAGGAGGUGACAGCAGCUGUGUCAGAGCUCAGAGAUCAUCUACAGGACAUUGUGAGGGACACAUGGACAAAGAUCUCAGUGACAGGGACUCAAGUGGAUGUUUCACUGUCAGAUUCACAAGCAGAGCCAAAGACCAGAGCUGGAUUCUUGAAAUAUUCACGUCAAAUCACUCUGGAUCCAAACACAGUGAACAGAAACCUGUUAUUGUCUGAAGGGAACAGAAAAGUAACAUUUACGGAUCAACAACAGUCUUAUUCUGAUCAUCCAGACAGAUUCACUGAAUGGUGGCAGGUCCUGAGUAGAGAGAGUCUGACUGGACGUUGUUACUGGGAGGUGGAGUGGAGAGGAGAUGGAGUUUAUGUAUCAGUCGCAUACAAGAAUAUCAGCAGAGCAGGAGACGGGACUGAAUGUGCAUUUGGACGUAAUGACAAAUCUUGGGCAUUAUGUUGUUCCCAAAACAGUUAUAUAUUUAUGCACAACAACAUCCAAACUCUCGUCUCAGGUCCUCGGUCCUCCAGAGUUGGAGUGUACCUGGAUCACAGUGCAGGUAUUCUGUCCUUCUACAGCGUCUCUGAAACCAUGACUCUCCUCCACAGAGUCCAGACCACAUUCACUCAGCAGAUACAUGCUGGACUUUGGGUUGAUGGCUGGUCAUUUGUUGGAUCAAGUGCUGAGUUGUGUGAACUGAAGUAGACAGAGGUG